AAAUAAUACUUCCAUUUAUUUUUGAUUGUCUUGGCUGGAGGGUAUGGUUGUACACACACAAACAUAUCACCAGCACAGUGUGCAACCAAAGAUCAGAGAAGACGAUCUUCACCAACGAACGGCGAAGAAAGGGAAAACCGAACCCUAGAGUCGCAAAACGGGUGUAGCUGGGCGUAGUUUACUGUAGUACUUUCGAAGGGGACGAAGCCAUUUUGGUGACUAGGUUCUUUAGGGAGCAAAGCAGAGGGAUGAUAGGGAGAAGAAUAAUCUCCUUCCUGAAGAGCACUCCAGCAUCGGAUGUCUCAGGUUCGAUGAAGCCAAUGGAGGAGUCAAGGACCAAAUCGUGGGCUCGUAAGGUGGUAUCAGCCUCCUUGCUUUGCCUUACAGGUGGUGUUGCUUUGAGUGCCCUUGAUGACCUUGCCAUUUAUCAUGGUUGUAGCAGCAAGGCCAUGGAGAAAGCCAGUAAAAACCAGGCACUUAUUGAUGCUAUUGGGGAGCCUAUUGUGAAAGGUCCUUGGUACAAUGCAUCACUUGCUGUUGCUCUCAAGAGGCAAUCUGUAUCCUGCAAAUUCCCCAUUUCUGGACCACAAGGAACUGGAAUCUUUCAGUUGAAGGCUGUUCAUAGUGGAGAUGACACCUGGUUUACAUUUUUCCGACCACGUGACUGGGAAAUCCUUGUUAUGGAUGCUCUCGUCCAUGUUCCUGCAAAUGACGAUAAGCAGCAAACACUACGGAUCAGUCUCUCUGACUUCCCUACUCCAGCUUGCAAGCCAUGCACUGACUGCAGGUCCCAAGAAUCGGAUUCCAAAGGAGAAGUGAAAGUUCAACCUUGUUAGCAUAUAAAGAGUGUUUGAUUCAUUUAUUCUCUUUUGCCUCAAACAGUUUUUGGUCUUCCAACAUCAUAAAUUUUUUCGGAGAAGCUCCAUAUUUGAUUUAAUAUCUUAAAUAAAUUUUUUGCGAGUUUUUGUACAAUUACAGAGUAGGAAAUGGUAAGUGACAUGAUUUGUGGACAUGUAUAUUUGACAUUUGAGAUUGCUGUUAUUACUAUUAUGAUUGGAAUGACAAUAAUUUAAUUAAUAAUAGUAGUAAAGGCACAUUUUAUUGAAA